UCGACUCUCUCUCCCCUCUCUCACUGCGCAGGCGGCAAGUCAUUCCCAAGUCCCAUUCCAGCUGUUGCGCAUUCCUCAUUGCAAGUCGCCGCUGGUGCUAGUACUGGGGCAGGACAGCGCCUCUAGUCCCAGAAGAGGUGGGAAAGCUUGAUGAAUCUGUGCAGUAAUUUGCACUUAUAUUGAGAAAAACUCGGAACAACAAAAAAUCGACCAUAGGAAAUCUAAACGGUUUUGAAUUCCGCUAUUUUCGAAGUUCAAGAUCCAAGCUCGAAAACUGGAUUGAGCACCUGGGAGAGGAGUUCUGACCUUGUAUGGGAAGAUGACAGACCUCUUAUCGGUUAUGGAUAUAGAGGCAGACUCGGAGGGGAGACUGCAGCCAGAGUCAGACCAGCAGGACCCCGGCAGUCCACAGAGUCCUCCUCUGGACCUGAUAGACACGGGGAAGGCCCUGAAGGUCCAGACGGCCUCCCCUCACCUCGUCAGCCUGGGCAGUGGACGCCUCAGCAUUGCAAUCACCCUACUGCCGCUUAAGGAAGGUGUGACCCGUAUCGGCCGUGAGGACGCGCAGGUGCCCCAGGACAUCACCAUCGAUGGUGCGGGCAUCGAGGCGGAGCACUGCCUGAUCGAGAACAGGGGAGGGGUCGUGACUCUUGACCCCUGCGGUCACCUCUGCUCCCUCGAUGGCGUCCCCAUCACCAGGCCCACACCGCUCACACAAGGCUACUCUCUCUGUCUGGGCAAAUCCUACUUCUUCCGCUUCAACCACCCCGAGGAGGCUAGCCGGAUGAAGAGCAUGCUGCCUCAGAAGAGCCCUGUCUCCCCAUUGGUCUACAACACAGACUACCUGAAGUUCAGCAGUGACUACAGUAAUGUGGUGGGCGGCUCCAGCAGUACGCGGGGCAUGCGCUCGGCCUCUGAGCUGCGCGAGCUCAUGGACACCCUGCAGCGCAAGAAGGCGGCUCUGGAGUCCAGCCUGCGCACCAACGGGGACACCAGCCCCUCCUACUUCAGCAUGACCCAAUCGCCGCCCACCACACCCUCGCCCAGCACCCUCUCGCCCUAUCAGGAGCAGGCACGCAGGCUUUAUUCAGGAAGUAGCAGCAGUAGUGGAAUCGGCAGUGCUGAUAGGCCGCCUCUGUCCAUGAAGUCACCCGCUCACGUGACCAACAGCAUGCCGCCAUCGCCACGCCGAUCAGAGGGCUCGUCGCUUCCGUAUUCCAGGCCCAUCUCUCGUAACCAAUCACAAGACAACCUGCUGAUGUCAACUUCCUCCUCGAUGGACGGCCGGCGCUCGGCCAACACAGGGUCGUUGUUGUCCAUGUGGAACGGCUCCUCCUCCACGUCGUCCUCUGCCGGUAAUGGCCUGCCCCCGACACCGGGUGGCGGUAGUGGGGCGGCCAGCAUGCCCUCCAGCCCCCGCAUGGGCCGCCGCCAGCUGCUACCGGACGGAGGAUCGGGCCGCAGUAGCAACGGGGCCAGCAUGGAACCGACCCCACGCCAGAGGAAGUACUCCGCGGGCUCGCUGUCGGGCAUGGGCAUCGUCGGGUUGAGCUCCCACAGCCGGUCGCUACCGCGGCUGUACCGGCCCGCUGACGCCCAGCAACACGGCCAACAGGCACCGCAGCUCAGCCUGCUGCCCCCACGACGCUCCCUGGACUCCCAGCACCAGCAUCCACCACAGCCGGCUCCAAGGUCCUCCUCUUAUGCUGCUACUGCAGCUGCAGCCGCUGCUCACCACAUGGCUACAGCAGACUCCUCACAGCAUCAGAACGGGCACACGGAGGUGGUGUCUAUCUCUUUAUCAGCGAGGCCCAUCUCAAAACGCAGCCUGGUGCCGCCUGAUGUGACUGUGCCAUCUGCGGUGGCCAAUGCUGGCACCGCCGCUGGUGCUGCCCCCCACUCGUCCUCCACCUCCUCCAUGGCCUCCAUCACCACCAGCACCACCAGCCCCCGUCAGAUCAAGAAGGUGAGCCUGACCUCCACCAGCAGCUCCUGCUCCGACCUGGAGCCUCCGUCACCAGCCUGGCCCUCCCCGUCCCCUACCCCAGAAUCGGGCCUGAAUAUGGGCAUGGGUGUUGGUGGUGGUGGGGGCGUGGGGCUAGGCCUGGGGGAGCGGCGGGCGUCGUUUGGGAAGGCAGGUCUGGGUCCUCCUCAGGGGGCCUUCAGGGAGAGGAGGGGCAGCAUCAGCUCUCUGAGCGGCAAGGAGGAGCUGCAGGACUACCACGCCAGGCAGCGGGACGAGAGGCUACGCGAACAGGAGGUGGAGAGACUGGAGCGUCAGCGUCUGGAGACCAUCCUCAGCCUGUGUUCAGAGAUGGGCCGCGCCGAGAAAGACGCCCCCUCGGCCGUCACCGACCUCCAGAAGAUCAACAGGGAGCUGGAGAAGCUGCAGCUGUCCGACGACGAGUCCGUCUUCUCCUCGGAGUCCGGCGGGAUGUCGCCCGAUCAGAACGGCUACGCCACCUCCACGCCCAAGACCAUGCUGCUGGACUACCAGGCGUCCAUGGCGGCGUCCAUGGCAACCGGCGGCGAUCAGGAGGUCAGGCAGAGCCAGAGCCGCCAUCGCCGGAGCAGCAGCAGUGGGCAGAAGCUGGACGUCAGGGCGGAGUCUCCGGUCGUCAGUCUCAGAGGCACCGCCCCUUCUCCCUCCCCCAGGAUGUUGAGGACAAACAAGGCACCGGAGCUGGUGGAGGAGGUGCACCUGAAGCAGGAGAUGACGCGUAUCGAGGAGGAGCGCAUCCAGGUGCUCAACAACAUGGAGGAACUGGAGCAGAAGAUCAAAGACCUAGACAACCAGAUGGAGGAGUCAGUAAGAGAGAUGGAGGUGGAGAGGGCCUUGUUGGAGGGUGAGCAGGAGUCUGAGGCGUCCCAGCUGCAGCAGGACAAGGAGGCCUUAGAACAGCUCAACAGCAAGAUGGCCGACAUGGAGAAGAAACUACAGGCAGACAAGUCUCAGGACCUGGCCCUGCUCUCUGAGGAGAGGUCAAAGGUCGAGCGGCUGGCGGAGCAGGUGAGCGAGCAGAGGAGCCAGCUGGACACCUGCCCCGAGGCAAUGAGGGAACAGCUCCAGCAGCAGCUCCACAGGGACUCUGAGCUUCUGGAAGUGGAGACGAAGCGUUUUGAGGACCUGGAGUUCCAGCAGCUGGAGAGAGAGAGUCGUCAGGACGAAGACAAGGAGACGCAGAUACAGAACAUCCUCCGAGACAUCAGUGAAUACCAGCGCAGCACAGUCACUCGCAAGGAGAGACUGCUGACGCUGAAGAAGCAGACCACCCAGAUCUCCCAGCAGGCCCAAAAGGAAAAGGAGAGCUUCAUGAAGGAGAAGACCAACCUGCAGCUCAUGCUACAGAGGGAGAAGGAGAACUUUGCCAAUCUGGAGAGGAAGUACGCUGACCUGAGCGGUGGGCGGGGCUUCCCAGUCAAUCCCAACAGCAUGAAGGAGGACCUUUCCUCAUUGGCUGACGUGUGCCGGUUGGGCAGCGAGCCCUUCUACCUGGCCUCCUACCACCCCUACCUCCCCUCCCUCCCUGCCGACCUGUUGGCCUUCUCCUCUCUCCUCUCCUCUCUGUGCGCCAAGAGCGCCGAGGGCUAUGUGACGGUCACAGAGCUGAGUGAGCUCUACUCUCAGCUGGGUGUGGAACCCCCCCUGGUGGCCUCCACCCCUGUCACUGCCCCCCUCCCUCACUCAGACUCACACUCUGGCCUAGACCCAGAUUUUCACCUCCCAGGCCCAGACUCGGAGUCAUUCCUCCCAGGCCAGGGCCUCCUCCACUUGGACUCCUCUCCCCCAGAGACCCCCUCCCCUGCUGGGGCAGAUGCAGAGUCUGAUCCCCUGCCCAGCCCCGGGUCUGGGUCUUUGUUCGGUGCUGACACUGGUGGUCCAGGUGCCGGUGCUGAGGAGAAAAACUGCAACGCAGAGGAAGAGGUUUAUCUCUCUCCCUGUCCUCUACCUCUGGUCUGCCCCUCCUCUUCCUCCUCCUCUUCCUCCUGCUGUCGUGCGGUCCCCAAGCCGGCCGCUGCCUCGGUGCACUGGCCUGAGGACAUGGUGACCUACGUCAGCCCCUCUCCUCCUCCUCCUCCCUCCUCUGACUCUCCUCCUCCACUGCCCGCCAAAAAGCGCAGCAGUCGCAGGCAGCACUUCCGCACCCUAGAGGAGAGGAAGAGGAAUGGCAGGGAUGGGGGAUCCCACCAGAGCGAUACUCUUCCCCGCAAGAGGAGCCAGAACAGCCUGACUGCCCAGUUCGGCAGCUCCACACUGGGACGCAACGCCACUAAGCCUCACAUGCCGUUGGCCCAGAGCUCUAGUUGUGGGAGUAUGUUGACCCGUGCUCUCACCGUUCCCUCCAAAGACCUGGAGCCACGCCGUCUGCACAAGGGCCACAGUCAGCAGCAGGUAGGGGAGGAACCCCGCAUGCGUCUGGCCGACCUGCCCGGCCGCUCCACCUCCCAGACCAACGUCUACCUGGACUCCUUCUCCUACCAGGAGGGCGGCGGUAGCGGGCGCGCCUACGACACGCUCAGCGUAGACAGCUCCGACAGCAUGGACACCAGCAUCUCCGCAUGCUCACCUGACAACAUCUCCAGUGCCAGCACAGCUAACAUGGUGAAGAUUGAGGAGAUGGAGAGGCUGCUGAGAGAGGCCAAUCAAGAGAAGCAUCGCCUACUCGAACACAGGGAGCGAGAGAUCGAGGUGCGUAGGCAGGCCCUGGAUGAGGAGAGGAGGAGAAGAGAGGACCUGGAGAAGAGACUGCAGGAGGAAACCAGCAGACGACAGAAACUCAUCGAGAGGGAGGUGAAGAUGCGGGAGAAGCAGAGAGCACAGGCUCGUCCCCUGACCCGGUACCUGCCAGUGCGUAAGGACGACUUUGACCUGCGUGGCCACAUCGAGUCGGCGGGCCACAACAUUGAGACCUGCUACCACAUCUCCAUCACAGAGAAGACCUGCCGUGGCUUCCUGAUCAAAAUGGGCGGCAAGAUCAAGACAUGGAAGAAGCGAUGGUUCGUCUUCGACCGCAACCGCAGGACACUGUCUUACUACUCAGACAAACAUGAGGCCAAGCUGAAGGGAGUCAUCUACUUCCAGGCCAUAGAGGAGGUCUACUACGACCAUCUCAAGAAUGCACACAAGAGUCCCAACCCGUCGCUGACGUUCAGCGUGAAGACACACGACCGGGUGUACUACAUGGUGGCCCCAUCACCUGAAGCCAUGAGGAUCUGGAUGGACGUCAUUGUCACCGGGGCGGAGGGAUACACGCAGUUCAUGGUGUAGGAGCCAUCAUGCGACAUCAGAAAUGUCGUCACACAGUGUCAGAUGCCACGGGACUCUUUUUCUAACUUUUAUUUGUUUUUUGUUUUUUUGUUUUUAGUUCCUUCUCCUCCUUGGCCUUUGUACUGUGUAGAUUCUGUUUUUAUUAGUGUUUGUGUAUAUUGUAUUUUCAUACAUGUAUAUGUUUAACGAGGACUUCCAUGUCUAACAUGGGCAGUCAAGCUGUGCCUUUAAAAGUUCAAACACUUGUCUUAUAUCCUGUACAUCUCUUACUUCAUGUAAACCAAAGUGGGUUAAUAGCAAUCAUAGUAGCUCUGUAAGCUGUUAUAAUGUGUUUACAGUCUGCUCUUGCUCUCAGUGUCUCUGUGUGUCAAAGUACACACGCAUGCAUACUGUCAGCAUAACUGGCGUUCCCAUGUGCCUUAAUGAGUGAGUGUCUCCUCUCCACAAUCCUGUGAUGUGUGUGUGGAGAGAUGAUUUUGUGUUUGUGUUUGUGUUUGUGUAUGUGAAUGUGUGCGCAUGUGUUUGUGUGAAGAUGGAGUUUAGUUUUUUGUAGUGUGAGUAUGUGUGUUGGUGUCAUGUGUUUUUUUGUGUCAUGUGACUUUUUUGUGUUGUGUGCGUGUGCGUGUGUGCGCGUGUGUGCGUGUUUCUCCUGGGGUACUUUCAGUGAUGGUGUGUCGUAGACUGUGGCCUUUCUCAGGGAUGGGACUUCUCUACUCCCUUUUCUUGCUGACUCGCUCACUUAGCUGGUACCUUCACUGCCACAUGUGAUCUGAUUGGAUCUGAAAUUCACAUCUAAACUGAAACCCUCAGAGAAACCUUACUUCUGUGUUGAACUAGUAUGUGUCCCUGUCAACAUGUCUUCUUUUUAGUGUUUUUACUGUUAACACGUCUACUUUUGGUGUUUGCGUGUGAGUUUGUGUGAGAGA